AUGUCGUGGUUGGGUUUAAAAAAAGCCAUAAAUCGUGCUGGUACACAGGUUAUGCUUAAAGCAGGCCAAAUUGAACAGACAGUAGAUAAAGAGUUUGAAUUUGAAGAGAAACGAUUUAGGGUUAUGGAAUCCAAUCUGAUUGCAUUACAAAAAAAACUACGAUCAUAUUUGGAGAGCUUGAAAAUGUUGACUAAAUCACAACUAAACGUUGCUGAAUUGUUGAAUUCCUUCUAUGGACAAGAAUCACAAACACCUCAUCAAUUUGAAAAUCGCAUAAAUGGAGAAGAAAUGGAGUUGUUUGAAAACUUAUCGGGUGAUUAUUUCCACAGUUUGAAACAAUUGAACUCCCAAGUGAUUAGUGAUUUGGAACAUCCGUAUAAUCAAACUGUACUCAACCCAAUAGCUCGUUUCAACUCAUAUUAUGUUGAAGUCAAUGAAGCUAUCAAAAAAAGGCAUCGCAAAUUACUCGACUAUGAUGCAAUGAGAAACAAAUUAAAAAAAUUAAUGGAUACACCUCAGACAGAAUACACCAACUAUGAUGUUAAAUUCCGAGAGGCGAGUGAUGAAUUGGUUGAAACUGAAACCAGAUAUGUUGAAAUCAAUCAAAAAUUAAAAGAUGAGCUACCGAAAUUGGUCAACAUGAGAAUUGCAUUUUUUGAUCCAAGUUUUGAAAGUUUUGUCAAGAUUCAAUUGCGGUUUUUUAAUGAAAAUUAUCAACAAUUGCAUCAAUUGCAACUGAGGUUGGACGCAAAGACCAAACAAGAUUAUGCUGAGGGGAAAUUGGAUGAAAAGAUUGAUGAUGUUUUGUCAAAGAUGAGAGCAUUGGAUAUAACUGGGAAAGAUAAUCAUAUAGGUUGA